AUGUCUGAUUGGAGCGUUGAUCCUGACAACCGGCGGAAGUUGCUGGCUUUGCAGAAGCAGGGCGAUAACAAGAAGUGCUUUGAUUGCAAGGCCCCAAAUCCGCAGUGGGCUUCGCCGAAAUUUGGUAUCUUUAUCUGUUUGGAGUGUGCUGGUGUUCACCGUGGGCUUGGCGUCCACAUUUCGUUUGUUCGUUCGAUCACCAUGGACCAAUUCAAGCCGGAGGAGUUGGCCCGCAUGGAGAAGGGCGGUAACGGGGCCUGUGCCGCGUACUUCGAGUCGCACGGCCUGGACCUGUCGUUGCCUGCCCGUCAGAAAUACGACAACUAUGUGGCGGAAGAUUACAAGAGCAAAUUGACAAGCAUCGUGGAGGGCACCGAGUUUGUGGAGCCAGACCACCCAGGCAAAACUUUGCCGCAAAAGGGAGCCCCUGCCACCGGGUCGGGAACCACUGGAGGCGAGCUUCCUAACAAGCAACACAACGAGGCUUAUUUCGCCAAGUUGGGAGCCACCAACGAUUCCAGACCAACAGACCUUCCUCCUUCCAAGGGAGGCAAGUACCAGGGCUUUGGAUCGUCGCCAGCUCCGUCUUCGCAGCGUGGGUCCAGUCUUUCUGGGUUCACUUUGGACGCUUUACAGAAAGACCCUUUGGGCACUUUCACCAAGGGAUGGGGUCUGUUCAGCACCACAGUUGCCAAAUCUGUCAAGGAGGUGAAUGACACGGUGAUCCAGCCCAGUGUGAAACAGCUGGCCGAACAGGACUAUGCUCAGCAAGCAAAAAGAGCAGUGGAACAGUUCGGACAGAAGGUCCAGGACACCGGUGUACAGUUGCAACACCAGUUCGAGGGCCAGUCCGACAACGGAGGCAAAUAUGGUAAGCUAUUCGACGAUAUCGGAGACGAGGACCAGGUCGCUCCUGCUUUUGGCUUAUCAAAACCAAAGGAUAAGACUACAUUAGACAGUCUCAGUAGCGAGCGUUCGUGA